UCGACUUUGCUUGUGUGUGCGUGCGUCGUACGAUGCGAGGAUCUCCGCAGAAGAAAAGCAGAAGGGUUGGAAAAUUUUCUGCCCAUCAAGGCUAUAAAAAGUGAAAAAUUGUAGCUGCAAACUAGUGAUUUCCAAGAUUAAACUGCUGUAGUUUUAUUUGCCAAGGUUGGAUUAAGUACUGGACGGUGUCGAUUUAUGUGUAACUGACCGCGGAGUGUUGGAUUUCGUGAGGACCAGUCCCCUGAGGCGGAGUGCGGGCAAAGAUGAACAUUUUUUGCCCACAAUGGAAGGGCCGCCGAUCGACGGCAGAGAUGUUGAUGCUGGUGUUUUGUGGUGUGGUGGUGUUGUUGACUGUCGGGAUACAACCAUCGGAGGCAGCGGCCGGAACCGAUCCGUACAAAAUCCUUGGCGUUACGAAACAUGCCACCCUGCAGGACAUUCGCCGAGCGUACAAACAGCUGGCUAAGGAAUGGCACCCAGACAAAUCGGACCACCCGGAGGCGGAAACGAAGUUUGUAGAAAUUAAGCAAGCGUAUGAGUUGCUGUCGGAUUCGGAGCGGCGGAAGGCCUACGAUCUGUACGGCAUCACAAACGAGGAUGCCCAUCUGUACAAGGAACGUCCGGACUACAGCAGCUAUGGGCGCUUCCCGGAUCCGUUCGAGCAGUUCUUCGGGCACAAUUUCAAUUUCCACGAUCAGGACAUCAGUCUGUUCCAUCGGUUAUCGAUCACGUCCAAGUACUACGAAACGAAUAUCGUCCCGAAGAGUCACCACACGCCGCAGAUCCUGAUGUUUUACUCGGAUUGGUGUUUCUCCUGUAUGAAGGCGGCCAAUUCCUUCAAAAAGAUGAUCGAUACGCUGGAGCCGUUCGGGGUAACUUUUGCGACGAUCAACGCCGGCCACGAGAAUCAGCUGGUCAGGAAGGUGGGCGUUCAUUCGUUGCCUUGCGUGAUCAUGGUUCUGGACGGACACAACUACGUCUACAAAGAGAGCGUGUACAAUACGCAGCGGGUCGUGGAUUUCAUCCGGCAAAAGCUCCCGUACAAACUGCUGCCGCCGGUUGAUGACGGUUCGAUCGAUGGAUUCCUUCAGGGGUGGUCCGACAACCGGGUUCGAGCGUUGAUCAUGGAACCCCGGUCGCAGCCACGGCUUCGUUAUCUGAUCACGGCGUUCCACUUCCGGGAACGGGUGGCAUUCGGGUUCGUGCAGCUGAACUCGCCCAAAUCGCAACACAUUCAGGAGCGAUACAAGGUGCAUCCUUCGCUGGACACGCUGCUGAUCUUCAACGAAGACUCCACCCGUCCGGUGGCGUCCAUCUCGAUGUCGGACAUUCCGACGUCCACGCUGAACAACAUCAUCUCCGUCAACAAAUACCUAGCUCUUCCACGCCUAUCCUCGCAAGCCAUGCUGGAAGGUGUCUGCCCAGCCGAAUGGAACCGCCCCCGGAAACGGCUGUGCGUGGUUCUGGUCACGGAGAACACCUCAACGCACGACGAAGCCCGACAAGCGAUGCGCCGAAUCGCCAUGGAGUCCAACUACAGUCCGGAGCGGGUCCGCUUCGCGUACAUCUACCAGGAAAAGCAAACGGAGUUCAUCAGUGCCCUGGCCGAGCACAGCAAGCUAGAGGAGACGAUGCUGAAAGUGGUCAUCAUCUGGCGCAAGGACGCCAAACAUAUCAAGUACGAGUGGGUCCACGAGGCCACCAUGGAGUCGCUGAACAGGAGCAUCGAGAACGAAACGCACGAGCUCCAGUACAACAACACCAAGCAGAAGCUGGACGGUGCGAUCCAGCGGCUGUUGCGGUCGUCCGAGGCGUUGACUUACGAGGCGGAAGUGACGGACCUCCUAGACGAGCACGCCCAAGGACUGGUGAUCCGCAUCCUGAACAAGGUCCUGCUGGCGUUCGAAUACAUGACCGAGAACCUGGGCCAGGAACAUAUCCUACCGGCUUUGUCCGUGGUGGGAACAAUCGCCUUCAUCCUCGGUGCCGGUUACCUGAUGUCCUAUCUGGUCCGAAUCGAGGAGGAAAACAUCCAAAAGAAGCAGUCCAAAUCGCCGGAGAACAAAAACGGAAAAGUUCAGAACUAUGUUCCGGAGUUGCGGCUUCAUGAGCUGCGCGCGGAGAAGUACAACGGAUUGGUCCGGCUGCUGAAACCCGGCUGCCGGACGAUCGUCCUGCUGACGGACAUGCAGUCCCGCAACAAGCUGAUUCCGGCCUUCCACAAAGCGGUGUGGCCUUACCGGAAGAACAAAACCCUCAUGUUCGCCCACAUGCUUAUCGAGAAGGGAAUCGGUUGGUAUGCGGAACUCCUGAGGCUAUCGCUGUCCGAGUCCCGGGAGAUGAAGAUCAACCCGAGGAACUGCAUCGGGACGGUCAUAGCGCUCAACGGACACCGGAAGUACUUCUGUAUGUACCACGCCAAACAUCCGGAGUCGAACCGGGGUGCCAAGCGCAUGAUGAAGAUGACCCGGCAGCUGAGCACGAUGCCCUCGGACCCGGAAGCCGGUGCCUUCCUGGGGAUGGACAGCUCCGACUCGGAGACCAGCACGUCCGACAUCUCCGAGCCGAAGAUCCUGCUCGAGGAGAACCUCCUCGACGGGCUGCCCAACUGGCUGGAUCGUCUGUUCGAGGGUACCACCCAUCGGUACUACAUUAACUAUUGGCCUGAUUUCACCUCGAAAUAGAGCGAUUGCGCGUCUAGUCCAGACGACGGUGGUGUAGGCAAUUUAGUAGGUGAUAGUCCUGUUUUCUAAUUCCCCCUCUCUCUCUCACACACCCACUUUUUCUAUGAUAGCUAAUAGGUAUAGUAGCAACUUUUGUGAACGCCAAAGAUGAGGCCAUUCGUUACUGAAGGAGAAACUGACAAUUAUUGUUUGGGAGAUUUCUCUCGAGAUAGACACUCGCUCUAGAGCUCUCAACUUGUUCAUUUUUUUAAUCUUUACUGAGUCUGUUUUUUCCUAUUGGUAUUUUUUUCUCUCUGUGAAAAAAAGUAAAUCUAUUUUGCGAGGUAGGUUUAAGUUAGGUGGUAGUAGAUGGGCGCACUAGUUUUUAGUUUAGCAAUUGCGAACAGUUAGCAUAGCAGUAGAUAAUCGACGUUACCUAAAUGGUUGUUUAGCCCAUAUGUUCCGGCGGAUUUACCCCGUUUGGUGUUAUGUUCUGCGAAGAAAAUCCAGACUACAUAACAUUGACCUGCUGUGAUUAGGAAUGACAAAUUUAAACAAGGACGUACACUAGGGGUAAGACAGAUACGGCGAGAAUAACUCUGUUAUCGAAGUAUUGCUCAGAAUUCCUCUGGAUAGCUCUGGAUCACUCUGGUUUUCCCAAAGUGUUGCCUGAUAUCAGUGAAGACUCGAGCAGUCUUGCCCGAUUUCCCGCUUCGUAGAGACGUUUCUGAAUGGAUUCGAACAAAAAGAGUUACUCAGGAUUGCUCAGAGUUGCUCCGGAUUUCACAGUGUCUUGCCCCUAGGACGUACAACAGUCGCCAUAUUGUUAUUUCUUGGUUUACGAAUGCUCAUGUUCAGGAGUAUUUAUAUGCGAUGUAAACAAUAACUGAUUGUUUGGGUUCAAAAGGUUCUUGACUAGGGGCAAGACAGAUACAGCGAGAGUAACUCUGUUAUCGAAGUGUUGCUCCGAAUUCCUCUGGAUCACUCUGGUUUUCCCGAACUGUUGCCUGAUACCAGUGAAAAAUAGAGCAGUCUUGCCCGAUUUCCUGCUUUGUAGAGACGUUUCUAAAUGGAUUCGAACAAAAAGAGUUACUCAGGAUUGCUCAGAGUUGCUCCGGAUUUCACAGUGUCUUGCCCCUAGGACGUAACUGCUCUAUGUGUUGGUGAACACCACUAGAAGACCGGACACAUCGGCGGCCGUCUCCAUCCUUAGCCGAAAAACAAGUUGUCCUACCCAAAACGACUGGAACGGGUGGCUGAAGCGAAGGCAGAUGAUCUGGUUGGAUCCACGGAUGCUGACUGGGGCCAAAUCAGAGAAGAUCGGGAGUCCAAUACCGAAUUUGUACACCGGUGGAACCACCAGCUGGAUAUGCAAGUGACAGGCCUGUGUUUCUCUUUCAACUGCUUAAUGGACGGCGAGUAUCGAGCGUAGACUGAAAGUAACACUUGGUACAUGGUAGAACACUAUCAGCAGUGGGUUCAAAGCCAUCGGCAGCAAAUCAAAGCAGGGCUAAAAAAGGUGACAUCGUACGGCACAUGGCCUCAACCAGAAAUACGGCGUAGACUUCAACGAGGUCUUUGCUCCCGUCGCCAAGUAGGUGACCCUCAGAACGUUACUCACGGUGUCCAUGCGUCGAUCAAGAGGCAUGGUAACGGAUUCCAGCUGAAUAAAAAAAAAACAGUUUAUCUUGAAGCUCGGGAAUGAUUCGGUUUGGAGAACCCAAAGCCAUCGAAAAUACCUUUGGAGCUUGGCUACCUUCAGCAGAAGAAGGAACUUCACAGCUUAGAGUUUUAUGAGCAGUUCCACACAGUUCCUAACGAGGUUCCUAACUUCCUCUGUCAAUAACCAUUUUGCAUGUGUAUACAUGUAGUGUGGCAGGCACGAAGAUACUCUAUGCUCAAGGAAGUCGAAAUUUCCAUUACGAAAAGUUCCUGGAUCGACCGGGAAUCGAAUCUGUCACUCUCAGCCUAACGAGAGUAACUCUGUUAUCAAAGUGUUGCUUCGAAAUCCUCUGGAUAGCUCUGGAUCACUCUAUGGUUUUCCCGAAGUGUUGCCUGAUACCAGUGAAAAAUUGAACAGUCUAGCCCGAUUUCCCGCUUCGAAGAGACGUUUCUGAAUGGAUUCGAACAAAAAGUGUUACUCAGGGUUGCUCCGGAUUGCACAGUGUCGUUCCCCUAGGGCAAGACAGAUAUAACGAGAGUAAAUUUGUUUUCAAAGUGUUGCUCACCAUUCCUCUGGAUCUCUCUGGAUUACUCUCAUUCUCCCAACGUGUUGUCUGAUGCCAGAAGAAAAUCGAACGGCAUUGCCCAAUUUUCCGCGUUUCAGAGACAGAUUUGGACAGAAACAGUAUGGUCGUAGGGGCAAGACACUGUGCAAACCGGAGCAACUCGGAAGCAAUCUUAAGUAACUCUUUUUGUUUGAAUCUAUUCAGAAACGUCUCCACGAAGCGGAAAACCGGACAAUACUGCUCGAUUUUUCACUGAUAUCAUUCAAUCAGGAGUGAUCCAGAGAAAUUCUGAGCAACAUGUUGAUACCAGAGUUAUACUCUCGCUAUGUCUGUCGUGCCCCUAGAUAGUGACACUAUUUUCCAUUAAAAUAUUCUCUCGUAAAAUGGACUUAAGUGCCCCACACAAUGCAUACGUUUGCGUGUGCGUGACAGUAGUUUGACACAUUUCCCAUGGGAAAACUGUCAGAAAAACGCAAACCUCGACGGAACGGACGCUAUGUGUUCCAGGCUUUAUGGAUUUAUGUCAUGACCCUUGGUAAACAAUCAAUAUACACCAAAAUGAGCAUACGCAAACAUGUUUAACUAUGAAAUAUAACGCCAAACGGGGUAAAGUCGUAUCUGCGCCCAGCUAGCACGCACUCACUAUAGUAAGAACAAGAACGAAACACAAUCUAGUCAAAUCUAACAUUAACGCAUUAACUAGGAAUUCAAAAUGGCAUGUUUUACAUAGUGUUAAAUGUAUCCUAAUUGCAGAAAAUAAACAAAAAAGCUAAUUUGAUUGUUCUUCUACUCAAAAUCAAGGAGAUAAAUUGAGACAUAGUUAGACCGAUAAGCAGUACCAACCUAUUAGAAUGAAUCCUAAAUCAGAAAUUUUUAGAUUUUCCGCCAUCCACGAGGAAAAAAACAAUUGCUUUCUCUUUUCAUACAUCCCUUCUCAAAUGGUUUCACAUUUACGAAUAGAAGUUAAUUUUUUGGUUACCGAAAACCAUCCUCGCAACGCCAAUGCAAUGGAAAACUGCAUUGGAGGCAUUUGUACAUUGCGAUAGUUUGAUACGAAUACUAUCUCUAAACAAAACUCUUCCAUCAUCCCGCAGUUUGUAAAAUCACCAGUGAAAACAAGAAAAGAAAAACCAACCAAGUGAUAGUAUUAUUAAACUUAUGAACCUUCUGUUGCCAUAUAAACAACAAUGAAAAAACCGUAUCAGAAACAAUCAAAGAUCUUUGGAAACUCAGAAGUUUUAGCUUUCGAUUCGACACGCGAUGGCGUCGAGAUUUCGGAAUCGCAUGAGUUCGGGAAAAUACGGUACGAAAAGUUAUCUAUAUCUGCAUAUAACAUAAUGGUGAAUUGUAGUCAACUGUUCGCGAAUGGUUGGGAUUAUAGCAAUGGCGGAUGGUGAUAUGGAACAAAUUGAAACAAAACGAAAACAAAAAACAACAUAAAUAAAGGACAAUUGGAAGAACUUUCUCACAAAUGA